AUGGAACACCAUUCGCAGGCCAGUUCAGCAGCUGAGAAGAAGAAGAGAGUUGAGACCAUCGUGGCGACCAAGGGCUCAUCAGUGCGCAAUGACAUCAGCGAGAAGGCCGUGGCCUCCAGCACCACCUCAAACGAAGACGAUAGCUCAGGCACACCUUACCACCGUGAGAGGCGCAAUGCCAUCAGCUCUCGGGCCCCGGCCAGCGAGGAGCCCUCCACCUCCACAGAGGAUCGCCCAUCGCUGCUCAAGAAGGAGCUGCAUGCCUCCCUGCCCCACCUGGUCGACCAUGGCCUGCCGUACCGAGGCACGCUGUUCGCCAUGGACCCCCGCAACGGCUACCUAGAGUCGCACUACGCUGCACCACAGUUCUUCCCGACCUUCCAUCCUCCUGUGCCCAUCGACGACAGACACGCCCAGGGACGCUACAUCUACGACCCCUCCCCUGUGCCCCCCCUUCACGUGCCUCCUUCGCUGGCAGGCAGUCCGGCCUUCUCCGACAUCUCCCUCAUCCGGAUCUCGCCCCAGCGGAACCCCUCCGUGGGGGCGGAGUCGCCCUUUCACCCUCCGCACCCCUACAUCAACCCAUACAUGGACUACAUCCGCUCACUGCACAGCAGCCCCUCCAUCUCCGUUCUGUCGGCCACCCGAGGCCUCAGCCCUGCAGAUGCCCCUCACACAGGCCUGACCACAGCUGAGUACUACCAGCACAUGGCCCUGCUGGCGGGCCACCGGAGCCCGUACGCCACCGACCUGCUCCCUUCGGUGGCGUCCACAGCCGGCGCUGCCAGCGCCAGUGCACUGCACAUGGAAUACCUGCAGGCGAUGGAGAACUCUCGCUUCUCCAGCCCGCGGCUGCCAUCACGGCCCAGCAGGAAGCGGCCCCUGCCCAUCUCGCCCCUCUCCGAGCACAGCUUCGACCUGCAGACCAUGAUUCGCAACUCGCCCAACUCGCUCGUCACCAUGCUGAACAACUCGCGCUCCAGCUCCUCCACCAGCGGCUCCUACGGUCACCUCUCUGCAGGAACCAUCAGCCCGGCGUUGAGCUUCGCCUACCCUUCGACCCCGGUGGCCUUGCACAUGCACCAGCAGCUGCUCGGCCGCCAGCCGGGCCUCGUGGGAUCAGCGUUCGGCCACAGCCCCCCCCUCAUGCAUCCCACGCCGGCCUUCGCCACCCAGAGGCCCGUCCCUGGCAUCCCUCCCUCCGGGCUGAGUGCUAGCGAGCGCUCAGCCAUCUCCAACGACUCCUCGCAGACGAAACCCACGAGUGAAUCUGCAGUGAGCAGCACCGGAGACCCGAUGCACCACAAGCGCUCCAAACUGAAGCCGGAGGAGGAGAUGCCGAGCCCGGGUGCAGUCAGCGUGCAGGACCAUCCUGAUGGCAUGACCCUGGUGAAGGAGGAAGGAGACAAGGACGAGAGCAAACAGGAGCCGGAGCUGGUCUACGAGACUAACUGCCACUGGGAGAACUGCUGCCGCGAGUUCGACACACAGGAGCAGCUCGUACAACACAUCAACAACGACCACAUCCACGGGGAGAAGAAGGAGUUUGUGUGCCGGUGGGAGGAAUGCUCUCGAGAGCAGAAACCCUUCAAGGCUCAGUACAUGCUGGUGGUCCACAUGCGCAGGCAUACCGGGGAGAAGCCGCACAAGUGCACGUUCGAGGGCUGUGCAAAGGCCUACUCCCGUCUGGAAAACCUUAAGACUCACUUACGCUCCCACACUGGAGAGAAACCAUAUGUGUGUGAGCACGAGGGCUGCAACAAGGCCUUCUCCAACGCCUCCGACCGGGCAAAACAUCAGAAUCGAACACACUCCAAUGAGAAACCGUACGUGUGCAAAAUCCCCGGCUGCACCAAGCGCUACACAGACCCCAGCUCCCUGCGCAAGCACGUGAAGACGGUGCACGGGCCGGAGGCGCACGUCACCAAGAAGCAGCGUGGAGAUUACCCGCGCCCACCGCCCCAGCCGCGGGAGCCAGGGAGCAACGGCCAGGGCCGGUCGCCGGGGCAACUGCCCCUGGGCGGGUACACAGACCAAAGGGAGUACAACCACGCUACCUCAAAACAAGACGACUGUCUGCAGGUCAAGUCCAUCAAGACAGAGAAGCCAAUGACGUCUCAGCCAAGCCCUGGCGGUCAGUCUACAUGCAGCAGUGACCAGUCCCCAGUCAGCACCUAUCCCUGCAGUGGACUCCAGCUUGCUGUGAGCGCCGGACGCUCGCCAGGGGAGGGGCUGGAGGAGGACGAGGAGAGGGAGGACAACGAAGAGGUGGCAGAGGAGGAGUGCGAGUGCGAGCGGGCCCCCAUCAUGGACUCCACAGUCUCCACGGCAACCGCGGCCAUGCUGACCCUGCAGGCAAGGCGAAGUGUCGGCCGCCCCGUGCGCUGGAUGGAGCACAUGAAGAUGGAGAGGCUGAAGCAAGUGAACGGAGCCCUGCCCAGGCCGGGGCCCCUGUCCCCCACACCGCCCCCCAAAGGCUCCACUCUGCCCACCAUCCUGGGGAAGGGAUCCUGUCUGGGCAGGCAGUCGGGGGUGCCUGCUCCUCAGCCACCCAUUCAUGCUGAGCUGGGGAGCACCGAGCUAACCGUGCUCAAUUUGCUCCGGCGUGACAGCAGCGGCAGCGCGACCAGCUCGGCCUACCUGAGCAGCAGCCGCCGCUCCUCUGGCAUCUCCCCCUGCUUCUCCAGCCGGCGCUCCAGCCAGGCGUCCCAGAACGAGGGCACGACGGCAGCCGCCCACCACCGCCGCCUCCACAACCUCAGCUCCACCGACUCGUACGACCCCAUCUCCACUGAUGCCUCCCGCCGGUCCAGCGAGGCGAGCCAGUACGGAGGAGGAGGCGGGGGUGGAGGGCUCUUCUCAUAUGGGGGCUGUGGAGGUGUAGGAGGAGUGGGCUGUGGAGGAGGAGCUGGCUCCCGGGGGAUGCUCACUUUAACCCCAGCACAGCACUACCACCUGAAAGCCAAGUAUGCGGCGGCAACUGGUGGCCCACCCCCCACGCCUCUGCCCAACAUGGAGCGCAUGAGCUUGAAGACUCGCAUGGCCUUGAUGGAUGAUGGUGGGAGCAACCCCUGUUUGCCACCUCUGGUCCGGCCACAUCACUGCGGCGAAGGUACCAACGGGUACACCAACGGGUACAUGGGACACACCGGGUACAGGAGGAGGGUCCUCUAUCCUGGUGAGGGGCCGCUGAAUGGGAACCGCAGGGCCAGCGACCCAGUCCGGACGCAGGCUCCUGAUCUGUGCAAUCUGCCCCCGGUGCAACGCUUCAACAGCCUUAACAACCUCCACCCUCUUCCCCCUCUGGCUCAUCAUUCUACGCCCGAAACGCGUAACUUAAGCCUACAGAACUACACCCGCUCCGAGGGCAACCUGCAGAGAGGCCUGCAGCACUCGCCCUACACCCCCAGCAUCGCAGAGCAUGCAGCCUUAGAGGCCCUGGCCAUGGAGGAUGACAGCCAGGCUGGCCUGUUGCUCGAGGACGAGGAUAUGCUACCGGAUGACCUUGUGCAGUAUCUCCACUCGCAGGUGGAUGGCGGCUCCUACAUGCACAUCGAGGACCAAAUAGCUUCUAACCAAAGGGACGCUUCACAUCCAUCUGCGGAGGAGAUUGAACAGAUCCAGACAUCAGCGUUGAAUUUAACCUUCCCUGGGUGCCAUGGUCUCCAGCAGCAGCAGCAGCAGCAGAUGUCAGAAAGGAAGAGCCCCAGUAAGCUUCCCAUCCAGUGGAAUGAAGUGAGCUCUGGUAGUGCUGACAGGUCUCCUCAGAGGGCACCAAACCAUCACUCCCAGUGUGGAAGGUGGUCGGGCCCAGAACAGAAUGUAUCUGCACCUUUUGGGAGGUUUGGAAACAUGGUAGUUCAACAGCAAGUGCCCCUUGAUUUCCAGAACAGCUGCUCCCAAGCCAAUCAGCCCCCGAGUGCUUACAGCAGCCCGACGGUGAAGCUAGAGAAUCAGCGUAACUCCUGCAUGAGAGGAACUAGUCACAACUCCAAUAACAUCUUUGGGAGGCCGAACUUCUCACAGACCGUUGAUGAGCCUCUUCUCGAGGGCUUCAAACAGCAAGUCUCUACUGGACCUCAGAAACAGAGCCACUUCGAGCAGAACCACAACAGCAGCACCUCUUGUCAGGUUGGGAACCACCUCAACCUCAGCAGGGGCUCCAUGGACAACCUCCACAGCCUCUCCCAGGGCACCACCCUUCAGCACAGCCGGCAGGUCCAAGUCCCUCGCCCUCCGAUGAACAGUUACAGGAACAUGGUCCGGACCCAGCAGUACCUCAACGCCGAGAGCGCCAAUGAAAUCCAGGCGAGCCUCAACCAGCAGCAACAGCUGCAGAGGAGCGUGGACCACUGCUCCCUGGCACAUCAGGUGUCUGGGCUGAAGCUGGAGGCCCCAGACCACGGAUACUUAGAGCAGGUGAACGGUGACUGCCUCUCUUAUGAAGCAGCGGAUCACAAGGCGUCCUCCUUCCCUGUCCUGGAGGACCAGUGCCUGCUGGACUCCAUGGCUGAGUCAGCGAGACAAGGUGGCGGCGGUGGCAACUCGGCGGCUCUUCUCUCCCCCGGCGCCGACCAGGUGACCAGCACGGUGGGGGGCCAUGUGCCUGGUGUGCUGGACGAGGGGGUGAGCCUGGACUUUGGUGUCAUGCUGGAGGACGGCUUCGAUCAGGGCAGCUUGGUGUCGGGGGUGUUGAGUCCCUCCAUCUUUCAGGGUCUGUCCAGGACCUCGUCACGCCUGACCACGCCGCGAGCGUCCGCCACCUUCCUCAGCGUCCCCCCCGGCCUCAACAACAUGGCCAUCGGAGACAUGAGCUCUCUCCUCACCACGCUGGCCGAGGAGAGCAAGUUCCUGGCUAUCAUGCAGUAG